AUGGUGACAAUCACCCGUCGACGUUAUAGUCUUGAUUAUAUCGCUGCCGUUACCGUACUCGAAGUCUUAGGAUGUAUCAUAAUAAUAUUAUAUCCCAAGACUUCGAUGAUCGAUACCAUUUUUAAUAACGUACUGAUGUAUAGCGAGCGACGAGGGAGAGACGUCGUUGUCAGAGUCGCGGACUGCUGCGCGGCCAUCGGUGAUACGCCGUCAGGCGUUGGCGCGCCGUCAGCGGAGUUGCCGCCCGCCGAUACUGCAGCAAUAGAUUAUUAUUAUCCGGUUUUGGAUGAAGUUGACGAGCCGGCUGAGGGCGUUGAAGUCACGUGA